AUGGCGAGGUCAGCACAGCAACGAUAUGCCGAGAUUUUUAGAGACGUCGAGGAUUUGAUACUCGAUCAUAUCAAUCAGCAAGCUGUGUCGAAUCCAAGGUCUAAACUGAAUAUGCUGGUGCCGACCAUCUCUGCCUUUUUUACACCUCUUGCUCUAGAAGAUGCUUUCCGCUAUCAAGAUGCGAAGCGCGCCAUCUCGUCACGUCGUUUUGUCGCGCCUUCGUUCAAUGACAUCCGGCUGAUCCUCAACACCGCCCAAGUGAUGGCGAUGAUCCGGCCAAAGCCAUACAGGCAAUUGAAAACCAAGCUGAACCCCGGCCUCAAGCUUCUGACCUUCGAUGGUGAUGUCACAUUGUAUGAGGACGGUGCUUCUCUACAUUCACCUGAGGCGAAUCCCGUCAUCUUACGACUCCUUCACUUUCUGGCCGAGGACGUCAAAAUUGGGAUCGUGACAGCCGCUGGAUACAUGCAACCCGAGCACUAUUUCAAUCGACUGUCUGGCCUCCUGCUAGCUGUCAAAGCUUCAACUAAUCUUAGCGCUGCCCAAAAGUCCAAUUUAAUCAUCAUGGGCGGUGAAUCGAAUUUCCUCUUCGUGUUCGAUGAAAAGGAGGAGCACUGCUUGCGGUAUAUCCAUCGGCGAGAAUGGAUCUUGGAUACUAUGAAACAUUGGUCGGAAUCAGCCAUCCAAGAACUUCUGAACGAUGGCGAGUCUGCGUUCCAGUCGUGCAUUCGCACGCUUCGUUUGCAGGCAAAGGUACUCCGGAAAGAACGAGCGGUUGGAAUCUAUGCAGCUGACCAGUCCAAAAAGCUCACCCGUGAACAACUUGAAGAGACUGUUCUGGUGGUUCAGCAGGUAGUGGAGACCUCGAUCAUCACAGCUAACUCUGCAAAACCGGCCCCUUAUGCGGAUAUCCCUUUUACCGUCUUCAAUGGAGGUGCCGACGUUUUCCUGGACAUUGGGGACAAGUCACUGGGGGUACAAUCAUGUCAGAAAUGGUUUGGAGGUAUUCCACCGUCUAGCACGCUGCAUGUCGGUGACCAGUUUCUGAGUGGAGGUGGCAAUGACUUCAAGGCCAGAAGUGCAUGCUGUUGUGCGUGGAUUGCCAGUCCGGCAGAGACCGUGGCACUCUUGGACGAAAUGAUAGCUCUGGGAAAGGGCGAAUAG